AACUACAAAAUGGAGCUCCUAGUAUUAUUGUGUAUCUUUAGCCUGGCUUUCGCGGCACCUAAAUCAAAUGAGUACGAUACGAUAGUCAUCGGUCUUGGCUCAGCCGGGACCACGGCGGCGUCGGAGCUAGCCAAAGCUGGACGUAAGGUGCUGGCAUUGGAAGCGCAGGGCCGAGUCGGAGGCAGGGUCCACACUGUGCCGUUUGGAGACGGGCUGGUGGAAUUGGGAGCCGAAUGGAUUCACGGCAACGUCAGCAGCCGCACAUACGCUCUGGCGACCAAACACGACAUCGACACUAAGAUCCAGCCGAUGAUAGUGGACCCUUACCGCUCUGACGGCUCCAAGCCUGACGUGGCUCUUGUCAGGGAGCUGGUAGACCGGGACUUUACUGAAGAGCAUCCAGAGACUCCUGAGGCUGUGGGCACGUUUGUCACUAAGAAAUUCAAAGAGUUCAUCGCGAACAGCAAGCCAGACCUGCUAAAAGACCAGGACUUUAUCACCGAGUUCCUGGAGUUUUCCAACCUGUUGACGAACAACUUGGAGUCUUCCAACGACUGGAAUGACGUCACCACUGGGGAUCAGUAUGAGCACCUGGGAGGUCCGCAAGCAAUCAGCUGGCAUAGGCACGGAUACAAGACCUUCUUUGACAUUUUGCUGAAUAAAUACAACGACGGUCCCGGUCUCCCGACCCUGGAUAUGAAGCUGAACACAGAAGUGACUCGCGUCGUGACACCGCAGCACCCGAACGAGACUGUCACCGUCGAGUGCGCAGAUGGCAGCGCCUACGCCGCCAAACAUGCUGUAGUGACUGUGUCGCUUGGAGUACUGAAGGCCACACAUACCACUCUCUUCUCCCCACCGCUGCCUGCACAAAAGCAGACGGCCAUUGAGAAAGUGAGCAUGGGGGUCGUGGGGAAACUGAUCCUGUCCUUCGAGAAAGUCUGGUGGCCGAAGGACAUUAGUCUGUUUGCUUUCAUUUGGAAAGGAGACGACAAGAAGAAAGUCCCUUCAGAUGACUACUGGACGACAAGGACUGGGGCGCACCCCCCUAUGGGGUCCAGCAAUACUCUCACUCUGUGGACCAGUGGGGACGUAGCCAAACAGGUGGAGAAGUUACCGGAAGAGGUUGUGAAGAGUAAGUGCGUGGCGCUGCUGCAGCGAUUCAUGGGUGACGCUAAGGUCACCGUCCCUGCGCCUACAGGAUUCCUAAGGUCGACAUGGCAUUCUAACCCGUUCACGCGCGGUUCCUACACGUACGACAACCUGGAGGCGCCUCAGUAUCCAUUGGCGCGGAAAUGGCUUAGCUACCCGCUUCUUGACUCUUCGGGCGAGCCUCGUGUACUGUUCGCAGGCGAGGCCACGAACUCGCGGCACUUCAGUACCGUGCACGGAGCAAGCGAGACAGGCCGCCGGGAGGCCCAGAGACUCCUACUUAACGUCCGUGGCGAAGACAACUUCAAUGUCAAAGACUACUAACUUUUACAUAUCCACCGAAAUAGGCUACUUGCCUCCUAGUCAAAUAUAUCAGCUUCUUUUUAAGAACUGUCACAACGAAUUUGAACGACUUGCUAAAUAUGGAAUUUAUAUGGAAUUGAGU